AUGAGCAACGUUAUGGAGAAAAGCCCAUCUUUAGGAACAAAAGCUAAUAAGGCCAAUGAAUUUAAGAGAAUUCUAGAGAAGAUUGAAUCGCUCGAGAAAGAAGUGGUAGGACUAGCGGAGCAGCUACGGUCCAACUCUCUGAGCGCUUCUCUACAGGAGAAAAGGCGGAAAAGGCGAGCAAGGUCUUCAGGGAAAGCAUGGGCCUCCAAACGCAGACCUACAAGCAUCUCUUUGCAGAGAGUCAGUUCUCUUGACUUGCUGGCAAACGUAGUGCUUCAAGUCAACAGCAGGGGAAAACCACAAGGUUCGAAGUCAGAGGCAGAUGAAUCGUCCGGCGCACUUAAAUACGCAGAGAACUUCAGUCUUAAAGAAGUCCCAAACUUUGCAUACUUUGGGGAUUUCGGCGUAUUUUCUUCGUAUGCCAUUCUUACACCAAAAGGCCUGGAGUGGAUAAGGUCAAAGAGCAUCAACUGCGAGGAAGAAAUUGGGUAUCUGGGCAACUGGUACUCGCAGUUUUUACAAAGCAAGAAAAGCGAGAGCCUUUUUCCUCUGCCCAUUGCACUGCAGCCUCGGCCGGAACUCGCGGUUCUUGAGGCCCUCAUUCAGGUGUUCGAAAAGUCGAGACUACACGCAAUGUCCUUUGCGUUUCUAGAUGGAAUCCAGGCGCUCUUCAAGGAACUUUUGGAAGGCGAAGCAAAGUCUCUCAAAGCCUCGAAACAUAUUGUUCUUAAUGUCGCUCUCGCGUUGGUGUGUCACUUCCAGCAGCACAGUUCGAAGACUCCCAUCGAAGGGAUGUCCAGCGAGGUCAUGGAAACAAUGCAAAACCUUGAAGCGCUCGUUGAGAUGGAAGACAACUUUAUAUCCAAUGCCCUUUUCUACUACCACCAGGUUUCUAUUAUGCCCGAGGGCAUCCUCACGUUGCAGGCGAUGCUUGCGCUGCUCGCGUACACAGAUUUUACAGGUGCUCUUCAUGCGUCCUAUAUUAUGGUAACCCUGGCUAUCCGGCUGGCCCAGGACUUGGGCCUUCACGCAGAAAUUACGUACGAGGGCCUGGACAUUGCAGAGGACGAAAAGCGAAGGAAAAUGUGGGGGCUUUGUCGGUACUUCGACCUCAAGCUUUCCAUGAUCCUCGGCCGGCCCCCUGUCGUGGCCAACUACGAUACAACCACGAGCUUCCCCAACUGCGGCACUUAUCUGGGGCUUCUCGCGGAGGUGUGCGCGGGGACGUCUGCCAACCCUCCGACGUGCGAGCUCUCGUUUGCCAAGAAACUGCUUCACCUUGUGGUGAAGGAAACCGGGUUUGACCUAUACGGUGGAUUCCACAUUUUCAGAUUGGUCCGCGUCGCGUCCCGCGUUUAUAGCCAGCUCUACGCGCCCUCGACAGCAAUCAACCUUAAGAAGCACUUGGCCAGCGCGCAAGCGCUGCUGACCGAGAUGGAAAGCUUCAGGCUAUCUCUGCCGGACGGAGUGAGGCCUCUCAGCCCCGUCAAGAAGGCGGUGAUCGCAGACCUCUUCAAGGUCAGCAACCUCCCGCCCACCAUGACUCAGGUACUGAUCUACAGCAUCCAUUUUCUGUUCUACAUGAACCUAAUGUUUAUCCAGAAGGCCCUGUUCAAGACCCAGGUCUACCUGAAGGAGAACGGAGAGUACAGCGAGACGCCGUUCUACGAAAGCGUCCGCACCGCGCGCCACGCGCUGUCGCUGGUGGCCGAAACGUUCGAGCCCGACAUGAACGGCUACUUCAAGCCCUUCCAGUGGACCAUCAGCAUGGCCUUCUUCGAGGUCUUCGUCUACACGCUUUCCAAGCAGGACGACCCGCAGGAGUUCGAGCACGACGUCCGCCUCAUGGCUCACGUGCAGUGCGACUUCUUCACUCGCUACGACUCCAUAGACGCCGUGGUCGGCCCCUGCACCCAGGCGCACCGGCAGAACGCUCUUCCCUCUCCGAACCUGCAGAACAAUUUCAAGCACAUGAUCAACGUGCUGCGCAAGACUUUCUCCGCGCGUUUCGGCCGGAACGUCCAACUUACGCCCGCCCAGCACGAUUGCCUCCAGUACAGCGCGAGCGACAUCGCAACCACGCCGGACCGCGAGAUGAACUCGCCCAGCAUGAAUCCCUUCAGCGGCGUUGACAAUAUGGAAUUUUUCGGCCUGGAUGCCAACAUGUUCGGCUUGUGA